UGGAGGGACGACCGGCGUGCAUCGAAGUCGGUAGUCGCGAGUCCGAGUCAGUUGGUGACGGGUUGUGUCUCUAGUGCCGUAGCGGAACGGUUCGGUUUUUCUCCCCCUCCCCCCUCCUGUGUUGAAAAAUGAGCUGGCAGGAUUACGUCGACAAGCAGCUGCUCGCGUCCAAGUGUGUUACCAGAGCGGCCAUCGCCGGACACGAUGGCAACCUAUGGGCGAAGUCGGACGGCUUUGAAGUGAGUAAAGAGGAGCUUGCGAAGCUGGUGCAGGGCUUCGACGAUCAGUCCAUCUUGACGUCGUCGGGGGUGACACUCGGCGGCAACAGAUAUAUCUACCUGUCGGGCACGGACCGUGUCAUCAGGGCGAAACUGGGAAAAGUCGGCGUCCAUUGCAUGAAGACGACGCAGGCAGUGGUCGUCUCCCUCUACGAGGAUCCCAUUCAACCACAACAGGCUGCCUCCGUAGUCGAAAAACUUGGCGACUAUCUCGUGUCCUGUGGCUAUUAGUAAUCUCUGGGACCCAACACAAAUAUCUAAUAUUAAUAAUAAUGAUGAUACGGUCGAUUAUUUUAAUGACAGCGAAUGGGAUGCACCAUGCUGCAUGAACUGCGCCGGAACUGCCGCAAGCCUGCCGCGCGAACCGAUGAGAACCAUCGUCCGCCAGUCAUCGUCCUCUCCUCUUCGACUCGACGAACGUGAAAAGAAACGCGCAUGCGCACACGCUCUUCCUCGCGCCACGUACGAUCGAGUACGCGCGAUUCGCGGCCACCCGCGACCUAUAUAUACGCGCACGCCGCACGGACGGCUCACGGGCAUGCGCGGCGGCGGGCGCGCCUGCGCGUCUGCGCCCUCGCGCGACGCCCCGGGAAGGAAGAGGACCGCUCUCGCCGUUUAGGACUUUGACCACUUCGGAUUUCCGCGCGCGUUGUCCCGUCGUCCGUGGGCAAAACGCGGGGAAGAAGCGAGAGCGGUCGCGGGCCGUACGCCCGCCCCGCGCACGCGCAGGCACGCACACCCGGACCCGAGGCGUCCAAUAUUCGAAGGCGCCCGCUUGCUCGGCGCUUCGCUGAUGCAACCCCCCCGAUUAAAUGUAAGAAUAAUAAUAAUAAUGAUAUUGAUAAUAAAGUAUCGUGCUAGGUUACAGUUUUUGUAGGGGCGAGAGAGAGAGAAUGGGAGAGAGUGGGUGCGAGUGCGCGAGAGAGAGGGAGAGAGCAGCGGGCGGCGGGGAGGGAGAAGGAGAAGGAGAAGAGGAGGACACGCGGGCGAGCACGCGGCGGCGGGUGGUGAUACGGCCUCCGUGGAUCGUCGCCAUUUUGGCCGCGUCUCCCGAAAUAAUACGGUCCUUUUAGCUAUUUACCGUUUUAUUAUUAUUGCUAUGUAUAAGGAAGGCGAACGAUGUGUCAUCCUGCUGAGAUUUUUAUCGGGAGAAGGGGGCGGGGCGGAGGAGAGGCGAGGCGCUAGAGAAGGAGCGGACGCCCCCGCGCGACGAGACGCGAUGCGAGGACGUUAAAAGUAGGUCUUCUUCUUGCGUUUCCUCGGGACUUUCCGGGAGCGAGGGGGAGCGAUUUCCGAGGAGUCCGCCCCUCGCGGAAAGCAUCUUCUACGCGGCGUGGCACGCUCUUAACGAAGGAGGGAGAGGGCGACGAAAGACUCGGAGGGAGCGGACAGAGCCCUCGGAAGGGGUCGACGUCUUCGGGAUCCGCGCGACCCGGGGCGCCCCUCCGCUCGCCCGUCACUUUAUCGACUAUUACUAUUACUAUUAUUCCCGCUACUACCCUACUAUUGCUACUACUUGCAACCACCGCUGCUGCUACCAUUACUCCUGGCUGCUCGCCGACUCGACGCGGCGUUCUCGCGCGGCCGAGCGGGCGGCCCAAACUACUAUAUGUAACGAUUUUUAUCGAUAACAUGGAAGGAAUAAAAUUGAAGUAAUAAGACGCCAUCGUUGUAAAGAACCCCCUGGGACGACGCGUAGUAGCUUUCUUUCGUGACGUUUCGUGCGUUCUCCCUUUAUAACAACGCUUGUCCCCGUGCCCGGACGUCGCGGUCCUUUUCGUUGUCGCCUCCGUCGUAACGCGACGUAACGAAGAACGUAGAGUUGUAUGCGCGCGACAGGGAAAGGAGAGCGGAGUGGGAUUGCUGGAUAUAUUAGGUGUAGCUUUGUAAAACGAGACUUCCUCUUAAGAUUUUUUUGCAUACAUCAAAAGUAAGAUUGUGUUAAGAGAGUAAUAAAUUUGUAUAAAGUGGUGUA